AUGUUCUUCACUAUACCUAUGACACCAAUUAUUUGGCUCAAUCUUUUGCUUUGCAUCAUCUCUGAAAAAAAUAAAACUUUCCCUAUAAUUAACCCCGAUAAAAGUGAUGAAAUUAUCACAUAUACUACUCAUUCUGGCACCUCAAACAGCUUUGAUAUCCUCGAUUACAACAGUUUUGAGCCAUUAUUUGGCUCAGAAUUUCCAUCCGAUCCUUCGCAGUUGAUUGAUUUCGAUCAGUUGAGUGAAAUUGAGGAUAUAAGUAGCAAAGAAUCGAUACCCGAGAUCACAAAUGCUCCUCAUCCUGGCUUUUCAAACAGCCAUGGUUUGUUGGGCCACACUAAUUUGGGCUCAUUACUUGGUUCAUAUACAGAUUCAAAUAGGAAUGUGUGGAGAGAUGCUAAUCCGAUCUAUUUUCACCAACUUACUCUUUCCCCAGAUGACACAACCGAUCAACACGGAAAUGCUGAACAGAAUAACAUGGGCAAGAAACACUUCUCGGAUAACUUGAUUGUCCGCGACUACAGGGAAAAUGAAGGAUCAGAAACAAAUACUCAAAGUGGAACUUCUUCGCCACUUAAUGUCGACACCGAUGACAUUAUUACAUAUAUGCACUUACCUGGUUCACAACAAAAUGCGGUUCCGAUCUAUUUUCACCAACUUACUCUUUCCUCGGACGACACAUCCAGUCAACAUGGAAAUACUAAAGAGAGCAACAUCGAUAACAAACACUUCCUGAAUAGCUUGAGUACCCACGACUGCAGGGGAAAUACCAGUGAAGGAUCAGAAACAGAUAACAAAAAGUAUAUUUGUCAUUAUCCCGGCUGUACUGUGAUCACAAAAGAUUACAAAGAAUAUAUAACACAUAAGAAAUCUCACGGUCAGCCCUUCAUCUAUGAAUGCAAAGUGCCCAGUUGUGGACGGACAUUCCACCAUGGUUCAUCAUUUCGCAAUCACAAGCAAACGCAUGAACCUCAUCCUCAGUGCGAGGGUUGUGGCAAAUUCUUUACCAGUAGGAAUCAGCUACUGUAUAAUCACCAGAAGCAUUGCCAAACAAAUUUUCGUUAG